UUUGUGACCAAAUAACAGGAAAGAGAAGAAGUUGUUAUCCACCUCAUAAGUCAUAUCACAGUCACAGAGCUCAAGAAAACCGAAAAUGGCGACGCUACCAUUCUCCACUCUAUCACUUCCAAAGUCGAAUUCAUUAUUCUCGCCAUCCUCUUUCAAGCCGCACGCACAUCCAUAUCUCCCCUUCGUCGUUCGGGCCACCGCCACCGGCGACGAUUCCGCCUCCGAAACUGAAGAAGAAGAAGCGGACGACUUCGAGUCGCGCCUCUCCAACGUCCGUAUUAAGUACCGGAGCGGGCUGGGGAAGAAAGCAGAGCGCAGAAAGUCUCGGCAAGGGAAGAAGGUGGCGUCGGAGUCGGGAUCCGGAAUGUACCUCCCGCCGGUGUCGCUGCGGGAGGCGGUUUCCGAAGGGCUGAGCGUGGAAUUCGGGUUCACCCCGUUUUCGGAACGGGUCAACGGCCGGAUUGCGAUUCUGGGCAUAACCGCUUUGGUAUUGGUGGAGCUGGCGACGGGGCAGGGCGUUAUAAAGUAUCAUACGCCGUCGAUAGUUCUAAUUCAGGUUUACUUCGUGGCGGCGGUGGCGGCGUUGUACGUUAAGUACGAGAAGGAAAAAGUUAGUGUGUGGCCAUCAGACAAAUGAAAAUCAUCGUUGCCUUUAAUUUAUUUUUUUUUUUCCAGCAAAAAAUUGUGAAAUUGCCUUAUACUGUUAUAUAUAUUCCAAUGUUUUAGUUUUAUACAUAAUCAUGGUCGAGCUCUAGUAAAUCAAAGUGCAUUGUGAGAAUGAACAUUAGAUGUGAAGUGUCUCCUUACGAGCAUUAGGUGAUUCUCUCACAAUGAACUGCCAAAUCACUAUAAUUUAUGUUAAA